UCCCUUGUUUGGUUGAUGAGAAAAUGAAGGGAAACUUAACUUUUGAGUCUGAGAAGUUCCGCUUUCAAUCGUUUUAUUUCCCCCAAAUUUUCCUUAUUCUCUCCUUGGUUUAUAAGAAAAUUUAGGAAAAGCAUUAAUUUGGUAAAAUGCACUUUUAAUGGGUUUGCUCCUUUUUCUUUUAUUUUCUUUGUUCGGUGGAUGAGAAAAUCUUGCACACAAACUUUUGGAGUCUCAGAAUUUUACCCUCUAACGGGUUUGUAGAUUUCUUUUUUCCCGUCUUCACUUUAUAGAUGGUUUGGUUGAUGAGAAAACGUAGUCAAACAUUAAAUUUUUGAGUCCCAGAUAUUUCAUUUUUAGAAGAAUCUCUCCUCAAGUCAGCCUGAUGCAGGGAAGUCGCUCCAACUUAUGCUUCAUAAUUUGGCACUUUCGUUCAUGGGUAAGAGUAAGUUGAAGGCUUUCUAACAGAUUGGGAGAAAAUGGACACUUUACCAGAUCUUUUCCCUCUGAUGAAUUUGCAAAUUGGGCAUAUAAAAUCUUCACUUUCUCAGGCAUUCUUGUAUAUUGUGCCUGCUAAUCAUAUGUUUCUCAUUCUGGUCGACAACCAGUCAUGGCGGCUGAACAAGCACUCAAGAUCAACCCACAUAUGGGAAUUAAUGGUCACCAAGUACAGAAAGUCGCCUUUUAGAAAUACUAAGACUCUGCUUAGGAGUCGAAGUCUAGAAUACAAACGCCACUCAAAAUCCUCCAACAAGAACUUGAACAAGUGGUUUUCUGUCAUUGACACUACUAGGUGGAGAGAGAAGCGGCCAUUCUCUUUUCUGGAUUUAAGCAAAAUUUUGUAUGGUUUUAUUGUGUUUGAGGUUGCUUGGAAGGAUGUAUGUGGUAUCAACUAUUUGAAUGAACUUCAGACUGAUACAUCAAUUGCUAUAGAAACGAAAUCUAUGAGAAAGUGGGAAUUCUACAGCAUCAAUGAAGCCUUGCGCUGUACUCCUUCAUGGUUCUCUGGCACACCAUCAGAAACACAGCGCCUGCAGAGCAAUCUAGUGCUUUUGAGAAAUAAAAUUCCUUCUCACUCUCCCAGGGGAAUCACUGUUGCCUCUAAAGAACAGUUGUUUGAGGAUACAUCUCCUCCCCAGCACCUUCCUGAGGAAAUAUUCUUUGAUGCCAGAGAAUGCUCCUUUGAUAUGCAGGAUAAUAGAACAAUGGAGGUUGAAGAGCUGAUCAAUUGGAAGAAAGAACAGAAUACAGAAGACGAGAGUAAUAUUGCAUCUCUGGGAUUCAAGGACACUCUACUGCUAUUGUGGUUCAAUGAUGGGGACCUCCCAAUUAUACUGAGGCAGGUAAUCACAUCUAAUUCAAGGCUUCUCACAUUGCUUGAGUUAGGCCUUCCUACUUGGGUUAUUUUCUUGCAGUCCUAUCCCCUAUUUUGCAAGGUUUAUCAUCCCUGGAUGCGGCCUCUAGGGAGAAUCCUUUAUGUAUUAAUCUCACUCAUAACUAUGAUCAUUGGGUUCUAUGAUCUCUAUAAGAAUGUUCCCCUCUUGAAGGCAACUGCAUCCCACCUUUUUGGUCCCAUUUUUAAGUGGAUUGAAAAAUCUGAAAUGAUUACUAGAAUCUUUUAUUUAGGAACAAUGUUGUUCGUUCAAAACUUUGGGAAGGCUCUUGAAUGGGUUUUGAUGAUGAUGAGAGUGAUCACAAUGCCAGUAUCGAUUACAAUGACACCGUUCAUGGACCCACUUGAAGGAAUGGUGGAGGUUAUAUCAUCUAUAUGGAACAUUUUGGCUGAAACAGGGGAGCAGUUUUUCUACACAGCACAGCUCAUGGCAGAGUCCCUCUGCAGCAUGGUGGUUGAUUUGACCCAAGUUCUAAUCUCACCAUUUGAGCUUCUCUACUCACUUGUGUCAACUUUAGUCACAUUGGUUUGUACCAUCCUUUAUUCUGUGUGGAAACUAUUGCUCAUUCCUGCUCGGGCCAAUCUUGGUUUGGCAAAAUAUGUGGCUUCUCUAUUCUCCGGAAUCUCUGAUUUUCUUAAAAGGACUUCGAUGGUAUCUACCAGUAGCAUGGAUCAGCUUAAAUAUUUUGCUCAAGCAAAGCCUACUUCAUCACAAAUCUCAUUUUGGCGCCCUCUCUGGCAAGAUAUCUUCUCAAAGGUUUUCCGGUCCCUCCGAAGCAUUAUAAAUGGUCUUAUCGGGUUCUUCACAUCAUGCAAUCGGCACAGGCUUAGCAUAUACAACUACUUAAGGGCCAUGGUGUGGCAUCUCUGUCACCGCCUCCCAUUGAUUUCUCGCCGCAGAGCACCUCCAUUGGACAGCCAAGUUGAGAUAGAAUUCAAAGAAUGUGAAGACUGUAAAUGAGAGUUUAUUCUUGGGCUAUUUUUGUUGAUUCUGUAUAGUGUGUAUGGGGUAUUCAUUUGUAUAUACAAAGAUGCAAAUGUACAGUAUGUUCCACUUCCACUAUUGUAAAGAAAAAGGCUUCUGGGAUCUUCUGUUGGUGAUAAAUGAAUGAAUUUUGCGCCAUUGAAUUACCAUUUAA